AUAAAUAAAAAAAUAUAUAUUUUUGACAGUUGACUUGCUCAGGAUAAUAAUUAGUGUGUGAGUCAGUGAAUAAUUUAAAGUAAAUUGUUGUUGUGUUAUUUAGUGGUGUAAUUGGGGUUUUUAAAAUAAAGAUGGCCGCCAGUGAUUCUGUAAAACUUCCAUUCCACGGGAUUUAUUUAACAUUUUUAUUAUAUAUAAGUAAUAAUAAAUUUUUUAGCUGGUUGGAGAAAUUAAAUUGACAUACUGCCGACAAUUUAUAAAAUGUAUGAACAAGUUGAAAAAAUUAUAUCCUACAAAUUUUUUGAGUUUCUCUUCAGUGAACAAUUGGUGGUGAAAGUGGACGGUGUCAAGUCAUCAGUAUUUACUUGCUUUUAAAUAUUUUAAUCAUAUAUACAUACAUAUAUAAAUAUGUAAUAUUAUUUAUAAAUGAUAUAUAGUUUUAUAAAAGUGAUUAUUUUAUAAACUCGCCGUUUCAUAGUUUUUUAAAUAAUUCAAAUGGCGAUGGCGUCUGCUGAUAGGAUGUAACACACAUGUGUUGUCUGUGUCUAUGUACCAGGGGAUGACACAUAGUGAUAUAGGUAGAAUGGAGUGGGUAGAAAUUAUCGAGCCGAGAACCAAAGAGCACAUGUAUGCUAAUUUAACGACCGGUGAAUGUGUAUGGGAUCCACCGCCGGGAGUUCCUGUGAAGAAGACUGAUAAUAACCAGUGGUGGGAAUUAUUUGAUCAACAAACUUCGCGGUUUUAUUAUUAUAAUGCAACAUCGCAAAAAACUGUCUGGCAUCGGCCCACUGACUGUGACAUUAUUCCCUUGGCUAAGUUACAGACGCUGAAACAAAACACAGAGCCGGCGAUCAGUGGUGGUUCAGGUAAUAAUGGUAAUGCCGCAGAUGGUCAGGCAAAUGAGUCGAGAAGGAAAGAGUCAGUGGCUACGCAAACUCAAACAACGGCAGUCGGACGUUCAUCACGUUACGAUCAUCAUCAAGAAAAUCCAAUCUUAUCUUCGUCGAUGAAAUCCAGUGGGGGUGUAUGUAAACCGCGAAGCUCGGGGAUUGGUGUAGAUCCUCAGCUAUCACCUCCAUCGCCAUCUCUCUCUGGCAGGCGGCCACACCAUCACCAUCACCACCAUCAUCAUCAUCACCAUCAUCAACAACAACAACAGCUACAGCAGCAGCAGCAGCAGCAACAACAGCAACAACAGCUGCAGCAGCAGCACAAUAACAGACCCAAUCAUCGGCAUCAUGAACAACCGUCUUCGCAAACACGACGGCAUCACAACCAUUCACAAGACUCAGGUCGUUCAAGUGACAGUUCAAUUUCUCACAGUCGCACAUCCCUCGAAUCAUCAGCUGUUACGGGAUUUCGGCUCUUGGAGUCACCGCAUCGUCAUCAUCAGCGCUCUAAUGUACUACAGUUACCAACAAGUUCAAAUCGCACUCACAAUACUUCUAGCGGCAGUGGUAGUACACUAGAACCACCGAGAUCACAGAAAAGUGGUACUCUUGAGAAUGUGAAAAACCAAAAAGGCGUAGCAAUGCCCGGAGAACCACCACCUCCGCCUCUUGGUCUUUCGCUCUCAACGAGUACGCCACUUUUUAAAAAAAAAAUAUUUGUAGAGCAUCAGCAGUCGUCGAGUCAGAGAGAUGGAAGAAGCGUUACGAGUACGGAAUCUGAUAGAAGUAGAAAUGGAGGAGGUCGAGAGAGCAGCCGUGGAUCGUAUGGACCAGAACCAAGUACUUCGCCGUACCGAGAGUCGGUUGGUGGUAUCGACUCGAAAGCCUUCUUGCGUCAAGAGAUGCCUCCCUAUCGUCCACCCGAUAUUCAAUCAUCUCCGCACACUUGUAAGCCCCAUCAAACCGACAAAUUUGGAUCUCUCGUUGAGUCAAGUAAUCGCUACCAUCGAGAUAGAGACAGAGAUCGUGAUCGUGAUCGCGAGUCUUAUCACCGUGAAAGAGUCAACAGUCUCGAAAAAAGUAAUGCACCAUCUUCCGGAGGAUUUUAUCCAAGUGCUGGUGCCAUUCACUCGCGGAACCUCAAUAAAGCUGAGGUAAUUGGAUCCGCUGGUGGAAAUGUCGGUAGUAUUGGUCGAAGACAUCAUGGUUGUGCAGCUUCUCUAUCAGAAGCCAAUGUCCGUGAAAUUUAUGGUGCCAUGUUAGCUGCUGAAAGUCGCAACAAUGAGUCUGGUAAAAAUUCAGCAAUAAGAAGUAGCAAUAUCUCAUCUCACGUAAAUCCCGUUUCUAAACAAGCGAGUUUUGAUGUCUCCGAACGACACGUUAAAGAAAAAGAUUGGGGUAACGAACGAGAAAAAAAAGACAGUGGACGGACCAAGUGCAAUAAUUUGAUGGAUAAUAAUACGCAGCAGGCAUUGGCACGUAGUUAUAGUUUUGUGCAGCAACAAAAAUUACAACAGCAAAUGAUGAGAAGACGUGAUCGUGAUGAUGACUCGAUGCACGAACGUUAUUUGGUCAGUCAAAACCUUCAUGAUCAUCAUGCCAGACAUCGACUUGGAAGCAGCAAUACCAGUAGUAGUAAUGACGAUAGUAAUAGCAGUAGUAAUAGUGCAAUUGGUGAUGAACUCGGUGGUGGUGGACAGGUAGUUGAUGACGAAGAUGACGCUAAGAAAAAACGAAGUAAUGGCAAUCCUAGUCCACCGGCAUCGACGCCUUAUUACGGUAAUUUAUUAGUCGAUGCCGAUCAUUUAUUGCCGCUUCAGCAUUAUAUACUUCAACAAGCGAAACUCUCUGGUUGUUAUAAAUAUGGGGAUCCUUUGCUGGUCGAUGGAGAAGGAGACGACGAUUCUUUGGACGAAGACGGUGGCGGCAGAGACAAUAAUGGUGGCAAUGGUGUAGGUAUAGGCGGUGUGAGGGGAGACGAUGACUCAGACGAUCAGUUUGCGGACGAUGAAGCUGCAAGUAAUCAGGGGGAUUCUUCCAGUCAAGAAUAUUUAGAAGAUCACUAUGCGGAUCUUGGAAAUUAUGAUACAGCGGGUCUGGCAACAUAUUAUAAUACUACGGAAACCCUGACAAGAUCACACGCAGCAAGUUCUACGCAAGCAACCUUGCCAUCAACGGCACCUCUUGCACCCUCGGCUCCCUCUGGACAAACCGGGUCUACGACAAUCUCGCUGCACACUGAAAUCAGAGACAGUGGUAGUAUGGUCAGUGGGGUUGGUGCCAGUCCAAGACCGAUUUCUCUUCCUGCCUCGACAGCUUUUACAAGCCUAGUCAAGAGUUAUGACAUUGCAGACGGCGCCGACGAUGGACGUCGUGAUGACUCGACGGGUGGCGGUGACAUUGAAAAAUAUGCCCAAGAUAAUUUAAAUUUAAAUUGUGGUAGACCCAAAGGUCUGAGGCUUUUGUUUCGUAAAAAAUUCAGUGUACGUGAUAUUUUAAGCUGGUCUAAAGAUCCGAUUCCCCGGCCGAUGCUCAACGUUGUUGAGGGUGAAAAACUAUUAAAACGCGAAGCUUGUAAUCUAUUUCGGCUUGUUCAAGUUUACAUGGGUGACAGAAAAGCUAAUGUAGGCAUGACCUUAGACGGUGUAGCUACUGAAUUAAUAAACACCGUAUUUUCAAAACCACCGCUUCGUGAUGAGCUUUAUGUGCAAAUUUGUCGGCAAACAACUGAAAAUCCAAGAAAAGAAAGUCUCAGAAGAGGUUGGGAAUUAAUGGCAGUAUGUCUAGCGUUCGUACCACCAAGUGCUACUUUUGAACCGUAUCUUGAAGGCUAUAUGAAUAGGCAUCGUGACCCUAAUUUCCAAUUUCCCGAAGUAGCCAAGUGGCCGAUUCACGUACAAGUGAGUCAUUACGCCACCGUAGCUUGUCGACGGUUGCAACGAAUUGGGGCACACGGUAAACGCCAACCACGUAAGGCAACUAUUGAAGACAUCGAUCAAGCACGGCUUCAAAUAUUCCGCGCCUCGAUGUUUGGCGCUACACUGUCUGAAGUAAUAGCUUUGCAACGUGAUCGUUUUCCUCAACGAGACUUACCUUGGGUUCAGACAACAUUAACACGCCAGGUACUCAUGCGUGGUGGCACACUAACUGAAGGAAUAUUCCGCGUAUCCGCGGACGCCGAUGAGGUCAGCGCUUUGAAAUCCUGUUUGGACAGAUUCGAAGACGGGUCUAAUUUAGCAGCUUCCCAGGAUGCCCAUGCACCUGCUUCACUAUUAAAGUUAUGGGUUCGCGAAUUAUAUGAACCAUUGAUACCUGAUUCGUUUUAUAUCGAGUGUGUCUCGAUGCGACACGACGAGUCAGAAGCUUCUGCAUUGAACGCCGCGGCUAUUGUUGAUCGACUUCCAGACCUCAAUCGCCGAGUACUUAGUCAUCUAAUUCGUUUCCUUCAAAUUUUUGCAAGACCAGAUGUGGUAGCACGUACGAAAAUGGACGCUAAUAAUCUCGCUAUGGUAAUGGCGCCAAAUAUAUUACGCUGUACCUCCCAAGAUCCAAGAGUAAUAUUGGAAAAUGCACGAAAAGAAAUGGCUUUUGUACGCAUACUUAUUGAAUCAUUGGAGACAGCUUGGGUGGACGAUCUCCACUGACCCAGCAGUCAUCGUCGUCAAUGUCGUUGCUAAAUUAUUAUGCACUAUACACUUUUAUGCCAAAUACAAUGUAAAUUAAUGUUAAUUACGAAUUAUUACCAUUAAUUAUUUUUAUUGUUUUUCAUUUUUUUAUUAUUAUUUUAUAUAUAUUUUUUAUUACUAUUAUUAUUAUUAAUUAUUAUUAUAUUUCUGUGUUCAUUAAGUAAUUUUUAGUUAGUAUUGCUUUGGCGCAAUUGCGAUAAAGUGUGUAAUCUAAUGCUAAAGCUAGCCGACGCGUCACUGAUUUAAAAUAUUUCCUCGUUAUCAAUUACUAUUCAUUAAUUUAUAAAUAGAAAAACAAAAUAAAUAAAUCUUAUGCCAUAUACAUUUAUUUGAAAAUAAAUAAACAAAAUAUAUAAAUAAUAAUGUACAAUAUAGUUGUCGAUACAAUGUACAUGUAAUAGUAAUCUCUUGUUAUCGCACCAUUUGUCAGAUGGCUUUUUAAAAAUUCGAUGCAAUUGUUGAAUUUAAUAUGUAAGAUAAUUAAUUAAUUAAUUAUAAUUAAUAAGAACGAGAGCAAGGAGAGAAGGUUUAAUUAACGCUGUGUACAGUCGUACACUUUACGCGGUCUUAAUUUUUGUAUGAGUGAUAAUCUGUGUGUAUGGACGACGAAACACCGAAUGUAUACAUAUAUUUAAUAUACAUGUAUAUGUUCGCGUUAAAUAUCAGCAAUACAACAAA